GGAGAGAGCCCUCUUAAAAUAUUUUCCAUACAAGUAAACGAAAAGUACAAAAUAUAUUUGCUUACUAAUAGAGAUUCACGUCAUACUUACUUACCUAUAAUAUUUUAUUUCGGACAUUUUAUAACAAAUUAGAAAAAUUUUCAUUACUUACAUUCCGUAAAUUGUGUUUUGCACUCAAUCUGUAUCUAAUACAAUUUUUUAUUAUUAUUCUUAGUUAUUACAAUUCCUAAAAACAAUAUUUUAACAAUUUCAAAAAAUACGACUAUGGUACACGUUGGGCCCAUGAAUUUAGGCCAACUAGUCCAUUGCCUACUAACGUAAUAUUUUGGCCGUACACAUAAGAGCACACGUUUUGGCCCAACACGUUGUUUCAACAUAGGGCCUAGGGCCUUAUAAAUAGAAAAAUUAAAUGCUAUGAAGAGUGAUUAUGUUCCAAAAAAUGUCGCACGAUAACGCUAUUUUGGGUCGUGAUACUGGCUCUGCAGCCCAGUUGGAUUCGUUUGUUGCAAGUCCAUCGAAUCUUCUUCUUGUAGCUCUCGUGCUUUAUGAAUUUGUAAUCACCUACAUGCACCACCAUAUGCCCACGCUUGGAGAGGCCGAACCGAACUGCAAAAAAAAUAUUAGAUUAAACAACAUUCGCAGAUUUUUUAUACAGUUAUACGUUGCAGUUGGCUUGAUUGGAACUGGAAUCGACUGUUUCGCGUCCUAUUGCCUAAGCAAACAGGGGAAGAUGGGCAUCAACGUGGGAGGCUACAGAUUCAGAUUCAACGGGUGUGCGAGGAACGGGAAGAUACGAUGGAGGUGUUCCAGAGGACCUUGGUGUAAGGCUGCCCUUCACACAUACCGAGGCAGGAUAGUAUACAUACAAAGCACACACAACUGUGGACCGAAACCUCCUAGCUAAAGGAUAAAUUAAUACGUGGUCUUAUGGAUAAAAAUUGUUGCUGUAGUGUAUUUCAUGUUUCUACGAAUACCACGUGAUAUAUACACAAUACACAUGUACAUGUAUAUAUAUAUUAUUCUGUUGUCAAGUUAACUGUGUUUCAGUUGAUUAUUGACAACCGUAUGAUACGCCCGUGUUAAUGAGUUACAUAAUACAUAUCUGCAGUUAGCGCUCACAAAUUCAAUUUAGAACUCAUCCUCAAAGUCUCCGAUAACCAUGUCGGAGGGUUGCCAGCAAAAAAUACAUUAAAAAAAAAAACUUUUAAUGUUCAAAUCUUGUAGCAAUUUUAGUAAUAAGACCUAUAUUGAAACGUCCAGUACAAAAUGCAUAUUAAAAUUGCAUCACUUUCGGUAUGAAGAUUUUAAUAUUUUUUAUCAUAUAAGCAUUGUUUUACAUUGAUUUUGUCAAUUGGUAAAUGGUUAUGAUAUCGCAAUAUAAUAUUGAUAAAGCGCAAUAGUUAUUAUGCAUUGUAUGACAUUAAGAGGGCUCUCUCCGUCACUCGUUUCAUACAAUCGUAG